AUGCUGUUUGACGAGAAAACUGGUGCUUUGAGACCAGAAGCAACGCCAACGAGGGACGUUACUGAGGUCCCUGGUCCAUUUGAUACGCCUCAAGUGCCUAUCGGGCAGCUAGAUCCUGUAUCACCUCCGAGAAAACGAAAACGAAAACGAAGACUGGCUAUUGACUUUAACAUCAAGUUAACAGGAACAAUCAUGAAGAAAAACUUCAAUAAUGUCGAUUCACUGAAGAAGAAAAAGGUAUACGCGAUUCCUCGAGUGCAAUCCGCAUUAGAACUCUUCUCUAGCCCCACUACAUCAGUUUUAUCGGAGGCUCAUUUCAUAAAACAUUGGAAGGCAAAUGCUUUCGUUAAACCGCUGAGAGAUGACGAGAUUAGUUGGAUAAUGGAUGUCCCUACAGGCUUGCCAGUCAGCCCAGUCACUUCUAUUCAAGAGGAAUUAAGUGGAUUAGAGGAGAGCCCGGUCUCGGGGAUCGAGAUUCUUCGAGCACAAAGCCGUGAGAUUUCUUCAGAAUUCGAGCAGUCGACCGGUAUGGACGUCACUCCAGAUUUACCCAGUCUAGAAAAGAACCGUCGAUCACGUGAUUUGUCUCUCAGUGGAGAGAAGAGGGUUGACAUCACAACACCAGCAAGACGAGUCAGCAGGCCUCCGACUGUGGGACGUGCAUCUAUUCUAUCACCGAUUAUCGAUGAAGAACUUGAGGUUGAAAUGAUACCACUUGAAGAAAUAGAUGAGCCAUUCAGUACAGACGAAGAAAUCCCAACCGAACAACGCGAUGAGAAAACCUUGGAAACAUUAGGUAAAAUCAAACGCGCAAUGGGUGAUAUGUAUAAAGUUUGGUUUCACGAUAUCUUGCAUUUGAACACACCAAGGAAACAAGCAGCAUGUAUCUUCUAUCAUUUAAUGGCUUUGACGAAGUCUGGCAUUUUAGAUCCUGUUCAAAGAGGGCCAUUUGAGGAUAUUCUGAUCAAACGCGGACCAGCUUAUUGA